UCCGCCCCGGUUUGUUAAAAAAAGGGGAAAAAGAAGAGGGUUUUACAGCGGCUUUGCAAAAGCAUUGUCAAGUUUUAAGCAAGUUUCCCUGAAUGGGAUUUACUGACUCUGCCGAACUCUUGCAAGGACUGUGUGGUUUUGCAGCAGUGCAGCUCUUGCAAAGAUCAUCUUUCAGUCCUGCACUUGUAGAUCCCUGAUGGACACUUCAGAGCCUAACAGUGCCACGGAGGAAGAGGAGGAGAAGGCAGCAGCAGAGCAGCGGCCCAGGACGCGCUCCAACCCCGAGGGUGCUGAGGAUCGCACCCUGAGCGCCCAGGCCAGUGUGGGGAGCCGCAGUGAAGGGGAAGGGGAAGCUGCCAGCACUGGCGACAGCCCCCCAAGCGCCAGUGCCCCGACUCCAGCGGCCAACAGCAAAGGCUGGCCGGCCCUUGCAUCCCCUGCUGAAUUCCAAGUUCGAACGCCACGUGUAAACUGCCCAGAGAAGGUGAUCAUCUGCUUGGACCUCUCAGAAGAAAUGUCACACCCCAAACUAGAAUCGUUCAACGGGUCCAAGACCAAUGCUUUGAACAUCUCCCAGAAGAUGAUCGAGAUGUUUGUGCGGACCAAACACAAGAUAGACAAGAGCCACGAAUUUGCACUGGUGGUGGUGAACAAUGAUGUCACUUGGCUUUCCGGCUUCACCUCUGAUCCCAGAGAAGUUUGCAGCUGUUUGUACGACCUGGAGACCGUGGCGUGCAAGUCAUUCAAUCUGGAAGGCCUGUUCAGCCUCGUGUUGCAGAAGACAGAGCUGCCUGUCACAGAGAAUGUCCAAACCAUCCCACCUCCGUACGUGGUCAGGACCAUCUUGGUGUACAGCCGCCCUGCCUGUGAGCCGCCAGUGUCUGUGACAGACCAGAUGAAGAAAAUGCUGCAGUCCCCCUAUUACUUCUUUGAUGUCCUAUACAUCCACAACGGAGUAGAGGAGAAAGAGGAGGAAACCAGCUGGAAGGAGACCUUUGCCUUCUUCAGCAACCUGGAUGCAAAAGGCACCAAUUACAAAUAUGAGGUGUCUCUGACUGGCCCAGCUGUCGAACUGCACAACUGCAUGGCCAAGCUCCUAGCCCAUCCGCUCCAGAGGCCGUUCCAGACACACGCCUCAUACAGCAUGCUGGAGGAAGAGGAUGGGCUGGAAGCAGAAGCCGUGGUGUGACCCGGGGGGGGGGGGGGGGGGGGGGGGUGGGCGGGCCAGUGGCAGAAGCAGGUCAAAGGCAUCUGAGGCUGGGCUUCUCUCUCUGCCAAGUGGACCCUGGCCAGUGAAUGUACCUGGUUGGCUGGGCUACAUGUAUGCUUUUUAUUGUUCUUACUGGGGAUUUCAUAUGGGUGUGGAUGUUUUACAGGAUCCAUCUUUUUAUUAGCACAAUUAACACCUGUCAUUACGUUACAGCUUCUACAGCUUUGUUUGGAUUUUUAAAAGCAUUUUUAUCCCCUCAGAGGGCAGCUUAGAAAGAUUAUUAUGCCAUCCCUGCCCUUGGAUUUACCAUUGGAAGGCAUGGCACCAAAAGAAAAGGGAAGAGAAGAAGAAAUGAAACAAAAUUAUAGUUAUUGGUUUUAGAAUUCUUAUAGGCCUUAAUUUCUGGAGCUGAGGGGCAAACUAGUUUCCUGGCAGCGGCUCCUUCUCUAGCCAGUGUUUGGAGACAGGGUUGUUUCCCUCUUGCUGCAGUUUGUUCCACGGAUGUGGGGGUGUGCAUCUCCCAGCAGUUCUGGUUCUUCAGCCAGUGGACAAGGCCAGAAUCUCUUGCAUUAGGCGCAACGUCCCAGGAGCUGAAAAGCCACAGAGCAGCCUUCUUCAGCCUGCAGUCAUCCAGAUGGAUUUGACUACAACUCUUAUCAUCAUUGGCUAGCAUGGCCACCAUUUCUCAAACUGUCCCCAAAGUAGGGAAAUUAGAAGGGGUCAGACAUUGCUCAGCCUGGUCCAUCCCCUUAACACAGCUGUGAAAGUUACUUCUGCCUGCACUGCACAGUUGUUGUGCAUUCCAGAGCAAGCAAUGCUGGCUCACAACCCACCUGCAGGAUGGAAAUGCAAGUUGCCACUUGAUUUUGAUCAAGGGCGUAAAUGGAAGCAUUUGCCUGUUUUGGGGUGAGCAAGGGAUUUGCCAACCUAGAGGCUGGGUUUGGGUUUUCAAAUGCUGACAGGGUUGGCAAACAACAGCGAUGCAUUAAUUGUUGGGGAUAAUGGGAAUUGUACUCCCUGGACUGUGGAUAGGGAAGGUGCCUAAGAGGGAAGCAAAACAGGGUGGGAUGGUCUUAAAGCAAAUAUGCAUUUGAUGUGUGAUAUGCAAAUAACAAUAAAAGUCUCUGUCCAUGCAA